AUGCCCCAAGUUUUAUUGGAACACGAAAAAUCAUGCUCCGGAAGAAGGAACUUUAGGGAAAUUGCAAAAAAAUGUCAGAACCAAUUUGGAUUUAAUUGUCUCGAUUGCGGACAUUUUUUUGUCAAAAAAGAAUACCUUUGGAAGCACAUCAAAAGCGUUCACAAUCGGCAAGAGAUGAUCGAGUGCAAACAAUGCGACAAAGUCUUCAACACCAAUGGAGGUUUAAUUUACCAUCUGAAAACAAUCCACAUGGGCUUCAAAAGGAACUUCACUUGCGACAUAUGCGGCAAAAUCUACCAAAACAAACAAGUAGUGGCAAGACAUAAAUUACUAGUCCAUUCAAAAGAUUUCAAAAUCAUUUGCCAAGUAUGUCAGAGGGGUUUUUUUUCGGAAAAUGAAUUAAAAAAACACAUUCAAACUUUUCACGAAGCAAAAGAAUUACUUCCUUGUCCUAUAGAGGGAUGCAACAAAAUAUUUCAAGUCAAAGAAAGCUUAAAGUAUCAUGUGGAAACUGUACACAAUCCAAGCGAAGACAAACCUGACUUGAUUUGCGUCCAAUGUGGUAAACUUUUCAAUCAUCCAAAAUCCUUAAAGAAUCACAUGCAUCAACACAGACGGUGCAAAACUUUCCCUUGCAGCGUUUGCGGCAAAAUCCUAACAUCUCAGGCCAGUUUAAGAGACCAUCUACGCAUCCACACUGGAGAAAGACCUUUUAUAUGCGAACUCUGCUCGCAAGAAUUCAGCAAAUUGCAAUCCCUCAAGAAUCACAUGGUGGUUCAUACUAAAGAGAAACGGUUUUCUUGUAAGCUGUGCGACACUCAGUUCACUCAGAGGGGGCCUCUUGCUAGGCAUAUGCAAAGAUUUCAUCCUGAUGUGCAACAAUUGACUCGGAGGGGUACCCAAGCUGAUUCAGGCCCAAUGGUGGCUGAAGAGUGCGACACUUUUGCUAGACAUGUAGAAAAAUCUCAACCUGAUUCAGGCUCAGUGGUGGAUGGUCAACAAGAGUGUGACUUUCAGUUUACUUAG